AUGUUCCCUUUAUCCGACUCUUCUUUUAUAUCCAGCACAAAAAGGCCAAGAGCAGAUAGUGGUCAUGGACCAAGUAUGGCUACCAACCUAAAUAUACCGUCGUGGCCAACCCCCACCAACACACCUUCCACGCCACCAAAGAACUCCUUUCCUAUAACCCACAACAGUAUUUCGUUUACCGAAGAAUCAAUCAAAGACAACAUGUCCCUUCAGUCAGCAUAUUCUGGAGAGUCAUCUGGCCGGCCAUCCCUUGCAGGCUCCUCCAGUAUGUCUGUGCGAGUGCAGCGGUUCCAUUUUGGCACACCUGGAUCGUACUAUUAUCGCUCAUCAUCCACACCCUCACUCGCUCCCGACACAUAUUUUUCGAACACAAGUCACAUAUCACAUGGCUCCGAGAGACCGAGCUCAUGGACCAAACUACGCACAAAGGCACAGAGUAUCAGAAGUGGACAGAGCAGUCGGCAGACCCAUCGAUCAUGGCGUCUAAGGCGAGUUAGUUUGCUGAUGGAUCAACAUUUGCCAGAUUUUGAAACCCAGGUCUUCUGUCCCACAUGUGAGAAAUGGAUCCAGUCUCGAAUUCGCUACCGUUUAGGGUCCAUGGCAUGGCUUGUGUUCUUUAUAUUGUGA